GGGCGGGGCGAAGGCACAACCCCCGCCCAUGUUAGGGGCGGAGCCACAGUCCGGGACCUUCCUAAGCUGCCGCAGGACACCAUGAAGCUGCUGCCAGUCUUGGGGCCUGGAGACAAGCCCAGGAAAGCAACAUGGUACACCUUGACCCCCCCUGGAGACAGCCCCUGUGCUCGGGUUGGCCACAGCUGUUCAUAUUUACCCCCAGUUGGUGAUGCCAAGAGAGGGAAGGUCUUCAUUGUUGGGGGAGCAGAUCCAAGCAGGAGCUUCUCAGAUGUGCACACCAUGGAUCUGGGAACACACCGGUGGGAUUUAGCCACCUCGGAGGGCCUCUUGCCCCGGUACGAGCAUGCCAGCUUUGUUCCCUCUUGUGCUCCUCAUACCAUCUGGGUGUUUGGAGGUGCUGACCAGUCAGGAAAUCGAAAUUGCCUACAAGUUCUAAAUCCUGAAACCAGGACUUGGACCAUGCCGGAGGUGACCAGCCCCCCGCCAUGCCCAAGAACAUUCCACACAUCGUCUGCAGCCAUUGGAAACCAGCUGUAUGUCUUUGGGGGCGGAGAGAGAGGCGCCCAGCCUGUGCAGGAUGUGAAGCUGCAUGUGUUUGACGCAAACACUCUGACCUGGUCACAGCCAGAGACCCUUGGAAAACCUCCAUCCCCCCGGCAUGGUCAUGUGAUGGUGGCAGCAGAGACAAAGCUCUUCAUCCAUGGAGGCUUGGCAGGGGACAAAUUCUACGAUGAUCUCCACUGCAUUGAUAUAAAUGAGAUGAAAUGGCAGCAGCUAAGUCCCACGGGGGCAUCUCCCGCAGCCUGUGCUGCCCACUCAGCUGUGGCUGUGGGGAAACACCUGUACAUCUUUGGAGGGAUGACUCCCACAGGAGCACUGGACACAAUGCAUCGGUAUCACAUAGAAAAGCAGCAUUGGACCUUGCUUAAAUUUGAUACUUCUCUCCCCCCUGGACGAUUGGAUCAUUCCAUGUGUGUCAUUCCAUGGCCAGUGAUGUGUACUUCUGAGGAAGAAGAUUCCAAUUCUCUCACUCUGAACUGUGAUGCUGAGAAAGGGGAUUCCACCAGCAAAGGAGUGACCCAAGGUGGUGACUCACACGAGGAAAGUCAGACUGACACACUGCUUUGUUUUGUGUUCGGCGGGAUGAAUACAGAAGGGGAAAUCUAUAGUGACUGUAUUGUGACUGUAGUUGACUAAUCCCACACUUUUAUUAAAUGACAACUUUUCAGGGAAGUUAAAUGAAACCUUAGCUAUUUUAUACCUCCGAAAUAUUUUCUGCACUAUAUAUCCCUCUCUUACCUAAUUUGGGAGGCGAAGAAAUGGAUAGCCCAGUGCAAAAACCUCUAUUAUAUAAAGGGUUUUGCCAGCAAUACAACUUAGGUGGUAAGUGUGAUUCGUCAAGAUACUGAUCACAAAAAUGUUGGAGAAUUAAGCUGUAGAAACCAUAGUGUGGACAUUUACAGGUUGAAGCCUAUCUUUCUAGUAUUCAUCUAGUAGCUGCUCUCUAGAAAGAGGUGCAGCCUGUUGGCAUGUGAGAGCCACUGGGGACAGGGAUGAAGACUGGCCCUUGUCUUUCCUAUCCACCUGCUAACCCCACAACAUACAGCACUGCAGGUCACUUUUAACCGUUGUAUUGAACUUGGCCUGAACACCCUUGGUAUACUCCAUGCUUGUCCAAAUGCUUCUGGGGCACUGCAGAAGUGUGGGCCUCCGACUAAAAACAGUCAUGCCAUCAGGUUCCAGUUCUGACACGUUAGAAAAUUAACCUUUUAGCCCAUUGCCCACCCCAUAAAAUAUCUAUCCUUGGGCAGUAUUGAGUUUCAUAUCAGCACCAGAGAGCCUGCCCUUUUCGAUCAUGUAAAAUCAUUUAUCUAGAUCAUCCUUUUCCCUCAGGAAGCCAAUCCAAGUAAUCUUGAACCUCCCUUGAUACAAAUGACUACCUUUGAUCCACAGUUGUAAUAGGGCUUAAAGUAAUUUCUCACCAUCCUAGACCCCAACUCCAGACAACUAGUAAGAAAUUUCAGAGAUGAAGAUUCUGACAUAGUGGGAGUUUAAAAUAUACUUUUAUAAAAAAUAAAAUACUUUAUAUCCUAAAAUUA